AGGCCAAUGAAGUAGCAUGGGAGCACCCUUGGUCUCUCCAUAUAUUAGAUGCACCAUCUUUCUCCCUCUUCAGCCUCCCCCCAUCAUUAUUCAGCACUUGAAGCAUAUAGUUAUUACCAAUUCCUAGGAGUUAGAAAAUGGUUGAGAAACAGAAACCCUUCGCCCACUUUGCCAUUCCUGUUAUCUUCCUUAUCUUUGUUAUGAGCCAUCCUAUUCUUGGGCAGUACCGCCAGCUUAACUACCAGCUUGACUACAACUUUUAUGCUUGGACAUGUCCUCCACUGGAGAGUAUCGUUAGGUUCGGUGUCUGGUCGGCUAUGAUGAACGAAACCAGGAUCGCUGCUUCGCUCCUCCGAUUGCUGUUCCAUGACUGCAUUGUCAAUGGAUGUGAUGCUUCCGUGCUUUUAGAUGAUACUCCCAAUAUGACCGGGGAAAAAAACUCUAACCCAAAUCGAAAGUCUGCAAGAGGGUUCGAAGUCAUAGACAACAUUAAGGCUGAUGUCGAGAGAUACUGCCCACAAACUGUCUCCUGCGUUGAUAUCCUUAUUCUUGCUGCCAGGGACGCCGUGGUUCUUUCCGGCGGGAUGUACUGGCCGGUCCAGUUGGGAAGGCGGGAUGGCAUGACGGCGAGCGUUCAGGCAUCAAACCAGCAGAUCCCAUCGCCCUUUGAAGGUCUAGAAAACAUUACAGCCAAGUUCACCUCCAAGGGUCUUGAUAUAAGGGAUGUUGUGCUGCUCUCAGGUGCACACACCAUCGGCUUUGCCCAGUGUUUCACCUUCAAGAGGAGGCUGUUCAACUACAUGGGCUCUGGUAAGCCAGAUCCAACUCUAAACUCAUUUCUCCUCCAAAACCUACAAAGCACUUGUCCUAGUAGCGAUGGAGCCAACAGCAACCUUGCUGCUCUCGACUCAGUCACAAUCAACCAGUUCGAUAAUCAGUAUUACAAAAACCUACUCAACAAUUCAGGGCUCCUUGAAUCAGACCAAGCCCUUAUUGGAGAUCCAAGAACUGCUUCAAUGGUUGAUUAUUAUAGUAAGAAUCCUUAUAUGUUCUAUAACGACUUCGCGGCAUCAAUGGUGAAGCUGAGCAAUGUUGGCAUACUUACUGGACAUGAUGGACAAAUAAGGAAGAAAUGUGGAUCUCUUAACUGAACUUAAAUUACAGUUGUAGAGUUGUAUUAGUGCCUGCUAUAGUAUAACUUAAUGGGUUUUGCUUGCCACCUUGAUCAAGUGAAUCUAGCUAGUUGAUCGUUUCAUCUUUAAAUAUUAAGUCCAAGUUAUCAA